AUGCGUGGUCCGCAUUUAAGCACAAUGAACUCUGAUCUGACGUUGGAAGUGGAUCAGCCUAAUCCGAACAGCUUUUCCAGUAAUGUGAAGCUCAGAACAUUUCUCAUUGUCAACAUACUCAUUGUCAGUCUCUGCGGUCUGAGCACCGUACUCUCGUUGAUCAGUAUUUUGGCCAAAGAGGCGUGGAUUUCCGAGGAGUUUCGCACUUCGAUUCAAAUACAAGAGGACAUAGAACAGUGUCUGGCAACCGAAAUGCGCAAACAUAUCUCGGAACACCUUGGUGUUCGCGGAGAGAAAUUGCCAUUCAUUGCGAUUGAGUAG